AUGCGUCACUGUGCCGCCCUGAUCAUCAUCGGAGCAGCGAUGCACACCAGCUCCAUCUUGUUCCAGAGCGUACACAUAUCGACUGCCGACCUUUGCUUUUCUCAGCAGUUGAAAGCCACCAUGUCAAUCGCCCGCAAUGUCCGGAGACUCGACAAGCUUCACAAACACAAAGCAGUCACGGCUACGCACCCUCUAGGCCUCGAAUCCCGCUUACUGUUCGGCCUGGAUCGUUUAGCAAGGGCACUAUCGCUCUUGGCCAUGAACCUCAUAGUCUCCGAGCUGGUCAUCACCCGCACCCUAGGCCCCCUCCCCCUGGGCGUCUACAGCUUCGCCCCGGUCAAGCAGGUGCUCCUCCCCGGCACGCGCUGGGGCCCAUACAACACGCGCGCCGACCUCGUCCUCCGCGCCGUGACCUGCACGCACUGGAUGUGGAGCACCUACUGGCCGCUGGCAGCCGCCUACCACGCAUGCGCCGCGCUCUUCGUGUCGGCGCUGGGCUGGGACGCGGCUGAGGACUGGUGCACGGCGCCCGUGUUUGGAUCGCCCUGGGAGGCCUACACGCUGCGGCGCUUCUGGGGCGUCUUUUGGCACAAGCUGCUGCUGGCACCGUUUACCGCCUACACGCUGCGCGCGCUGCCCAGGGAGCUCCGGGCGCUGUGGAUCUUUGUCCUGUCGGCGGCGUGCCACGCGCUCGCAAACUGGGUCCUGUACAGGAGGGCUUGCGUGGCGUCGGAGCUGCGGUUUUUCGUGUCCAACUGGGCGGUCUGCCUGCUCGAGACGAAGCUGGGCUUGGAUGGUGGGAAACCUGCAUCCAGGGGGGACUGUGAUGGUGGUGGUGAUGAGGAUGAAGGAUCUGGCGUCGUUAUCGCUUCGUGGGGUAGGCGGGUGGCAGGCCUUGGAUUUGUCUGGGCGUUUUUCUUUUGCGUCGUCCCUGCUUGGCAGUACCCUGUCGUAUUGGCCAAUCUCUGA